AAUUGACAUUGACAAACAUGUAGUUUGUGUUCUGCUUGUGCUCAAACAAAAUUUUAAUGAAAAUAGUUUUCCUUGCAACGUUCUCUUAAAUUUACGGCGAAUUAAAGUAAAUGUGAGCGUAUUUAAUUAUAAAAGAAGUGCAAGGUGUAAUAUUACACCAUGGAUAUUAAUGAAGGUACAACAACCGAUGACUUGUGGACGCCGUACAAAGAGCUGGUAGCAGUGGUGGAGGGCUACCUGGCUCAUGAGAGCAGAGGAGCUCCAUAUGCAGUGCACACAUUUGAGUCCGUAUUACGGAGGCACAAACAAACAUUCCUGUCUCUGUUUAAGAAUCCUGCAAAAAAUCCAGCAAGUAGGGAUGAAAUAAGAAGAGGUAUUACGGAGGGUGUUAACUUGCCCAGUUUAGGGCGAACUUUACUCUCGAAAGAGUUAGUGGAUGAAGCUAUAAUUAUAUCAGAUAUGUACAAUGUGAACGAAUACCUAGCUCUCGAGUUGUUACACACCGCGCAGCGGCAGUCGCCGCGUCACCCGGGCCUUCCGCGGGGGCUCGUUGCCAUAUUGCUCCUGUACGAUGGCCGCCAGGCGCUGGUGCGGGCGUUGAAAGAACUGGUCAUGGCCAGGGAUGGUGUUUGUUGGUGUAUAAGCGCUCGCGAGGAGAUAGUGAGCUACGUGUCCCGGUACGUGGACGUGCUGAUGGGCGACGGGCUGGCGGCCAGCGUGCUGGACGCGCUGCGCCGCUACUCGCUGGACGGCGAGCUGCAGCUGCUGCAGGCCAACCGCGCGCUGCCGCCGCACACCUACCACGCCAGGCUCGUCGCCACCAUCAAUAACACCAGAAAACUGCUAGCCGGUGUUAUCUUCGCAGCGUCGGCGCAGCGCGGUCUCAGCAGAGAUAUCCUACUACGGCUACUUUCAGAGCAAACAACAUCUCCAUCUUAUGGUCCGACGGGUGCAUUGGACGAGGUGUCUUUAGCUCUGCAGAUGGCACUGCUAUAUGCAUUGGAUUUAUCAGUAUUACAUGCACGAGAAGACGGCGAGGAAUUGGCAAAAAAACUGCCUCUUAUACAAGAUCCGGAUUUAAUCUCGGUGUUGAUUGAUGAAUUACUACCAGCACAGGCGCCGCAGACUGGGCAGGGAGGACAGUCCGCCGUGGAAGGCGCUGGUAGCGGCGGCGGCGCCCGCGCACUGUGCCAGCUGUCUCUGGGGCUGGCGCUGGCGGCGCUGCGGCGCGGACCGCACUCGCUGCAGCGGCGGCCCGACCUGCUCGACCGGGGCGAUGACCUCGUCGACGCGGCCGUCGACGGGAAGGUAUUCGAGUACCUGGACGAAGCAAUACUAUCAACAGACUUCGUAUGCAAAGAGGAGUAUUACCAGCGGCGAAUACACACGCUCAUCACUGACUUCAUAGUGUUGAUGCACUCCAAACUCAUGGAGAUGAGAGUCAAGGCGGACGAGGCGGCGCGCGCGGCGCAGGCGUACGCGGCGGAGGGGCUGGCGCCGCCGCGCGCUUCGCCGCCGCGCACGCGCCUGCACGCGCUGCUGCGCUGCGUGGAGCGCCUGUACGCCGCCGACCCGCUGCGCCUGCGCAUGGACUACUGGCGCGCGUGUGCCGCGCCGGCCGCGUCCGCCGCGCCCGCCGCGGUGCAGGCGCGCGGCGGCCGCGCGGCCUCGCUCUACAAGUUCGUGCGGCUGGCGGGCGAGCUGGUGUCGGCGCGGCUGCUGCCCGCCUACCUGCGCGCGCUGGCCGCGCUGGCGGCGCCGCGCCACACCUGGGCGCUGCUGGCGCGCCGCGACGGGCUCUCCGCGCACCACCUGCUGGCCGCGCUCGGCCGCUACCACACCAAUCUACGCGCGGACCCCGCCCCCUUCUCCGACCACUUGCAUUCGUCGUCUCUGGGCGCGUCCGCUAUCAUCACGCCGGCCGCACGACCAGGGAAAUUGCUGGUUCGACAAGAAGAGGUGGAAGCGAUGAUUGCUGCUCUGAAAUUAAUAGCGGCAGUUGCGAGGGAAGAUGAAGCCGCCUGUGCCAAUAUCUGUGAGAAUUUGCAGUGGGAUGCUGUUAAUACCAUGUUUGGUCUGAUCUGCUGCCACAUCCCGCUGCAGCUGAAGGCGGAACUGUGCCUGACGUUGGCGGCGCUGGGCAGCACGCCUGCCACCGCCGGCCGCGUGUGGGCUGCGCUCGAGCACGCGCAGCUCGUCUCCGCCACCAAGGACAAGCGCGCCCUCUACGCCGAGCUGCAGGAGGUGGAGUGCCGCAUCGAGGAGUACCCGCUGUCGCGCGCGUUCCUGUCGCUGCUGAUCGCGCUGUGCGAGGCGGCGCCGCUGCCGCGCGCGCUGGGCGCCGGCGGCCGGGCGCCCGGCCUCGACCCCUACGUGCAGUACGCGCUCGAGCGGCUCGCGCUGCCCGCGCCGCACCGGCCGCACGCGCGCCCGCACGAGCGCUGCCAGGUGUUAUCGCUAUGCUUUCGGCUGUUCGCGCUGUGGCUCGACCAGUACGAGCCGAGCGAGGCGGACUUCCCGCCGAUGGGCCGCGAGCCGGACAUGAAUCCUCCGCCCGGGUUCCGUAUACUGCUGCAGCUGCACACCAAAUCGGAGCUGCUACGGCUGCUGCUCACGUCGCUGGACGAAGCCCAGCAGAUGCUCGACAGGCAACCGAUGCCAGGGAGGGAGUACAUGGAGCAGAGCCUGGUGAGCGUGCUGCAGCUGCUGCAGCGCGCGCUGGCGCUGGAGCGAGCGUUCGCCGCCGCCGCCGCCGCCGCCGGCCGCGCGCUCGCCAUCGUCGGCCUCUCCAAGCUCAUACUCGAGCCAGAGGGCCCGGAGAACAGUGACCGGCUGGUGACGUGCUGCAAGGUGCUGGCGCACACGGCCACGCUGGGCACCGCCGCCGCCCGCGCGGUGGCGCUGCUAUCGCGUGCGCUGCAGCCACCCGCCGCCGCACGCCACCUGCUGGCAGCCGUCACGCAACGCCACUCGCUCGCCGCACAAGUACGGCAUGGAUUUGUGGAAUGCUUGGAAGCCGAGGAGUGGGCCCAAGGCGAGGAGGGCGCGGCCAUUCGCGAGGCGAAAGAGGGCGUGAUUGCGCUGCUGCUGCAGGUGCUACCAACCGCACCGCCCAAUUUCGCGCACUUCCUCCUCGGAUACCAGCUUACAGAAGACGUGAGUCGCAGCGCUCUGCACGAGGCGGGCGCGGCGGGCAGCCCGCGCACGUGCCUGCAUGCCGCACUCGACCUGCUGGACGACCACCUCGCGCGCGGCCCUCACCAGCACCACCAGCACCAGCAGCAGCAGCAGCAUCGAGCGCCGCGAGCCCCACGCCCCGCCGACAGGGAGGCGGACACGCUGGUGGAGAGCUGCUACCAGCUGGUGUACUGGCUGGCGGCGCGGCCGGCCACCUCCGCGCCGGCGCUGCGGCUGCUGCGCGCGCGCGACUACUUCCUCGCGCGGCACGUCAAGGCGGUCAUCGACCUCGACGCGGCGUCGCCGGCGUGGCUGCGCGCGCGGUCGUGGGUGGUGCGCGCGUGCGCGUGCGAGGCGGGCGCGGCGGCGGCGGCGCGCCACCACGCCGCGCUGGCCGCGCUGCUGGCCGCGCUCACCCUCACCGCGCACCACCCCGCGCAGGAGUGGGAGUGGUGCGUGAUCCGGCGGUCGCUGGAGGGGCUGCGCGUGACGGCGGCGGCGGUGCCCGAGCCGCGCUGGCAGCUGUUCCACGCGCACCAGCUGCGCCGCGCCAUCGCCGCCUGCGACCUGCCCGCCGCCGGAACGGGCGGCAAGCGUAUCAGCGUGUCACGGCUGCACGCGGUGCUGGCGCACGAGCUGGCCGCGCUGCACGCCACCGCGCCGCAGCGAGCGCUCGUCGCGCACGAGCUGCACAAGGUACUCGACUAUGUCACAGAGGUGAACAAGCAGAGAAAUCUUGCAGCCACACUCACACACUACUAUGACUCGUGGCGGCAGCUCACAGAGAUACUAUUCUGCGUUGCGCCAGAGGAUAUACUGAACCUGGAAUCGAGGAAGAAUCUGCUGCUGAACAUUCUCCAAGACCUAUUAAAUAAGAUACCACCAGCUGAAGUGCUACCCCAAAUUGGAAACCUGGCUUCCGGCACCGUUUUGCUACUUCUAGUCAACCUCCGCCACUGUUAUAUCCUACAGAAAAGGGACUCAAACUUAAAAUCAUCUGAUUUCGAAACAACAUUCUUCGGACCAUCAAACCAGAUAAUGCAAACGAAAUCUCUAACCCUGAAGUUCAUACUGCACAAGAUCCUUAGCUGGAUAUUAGUAUCAGGCAGUUCCACACAGAAGAUGCGAGUGAAUCUCUAUGGGGCAUUACUGAAUUAUUUAAAUAUAGUCAAUUUAAAGCCAAGUCCUGCCGAGCCUGAGGAGGAAAUGAAUUCCAUGUAUGUGAGUCGCUUGGACAGUUCAAAAGCGAGGCCGAGCAAAGAGGAAUCCUCGUUGAAGUCUAUGGUUAUUGAUGUUAUCAGUAGUUUCGGUGACAAUUUGUGUUCGAUAGUGUGCAGUGACUGUAUAGGCGCUGGGCACGAUGUGUGCCGCAUGGUGGCGCUCUCGUGUCUCGACACGCUCAUAGAGAUCAACCCAAGAACCGAAUGGAUGAAUACCCUCACCAAUCAGGGGUAUUUGAGGAGUUUGAUCGAGAGUUUGCUACAGGAUGAUGAAGGGCUUAGGGAGACGCUGGAGCCGAGCCCGAAGUCGCUGCGCGUGCUGUACGUGUUCGAGUCGAAGAUGGCGCUGCUGCUGAAGAUGGCGGGCAGCCGCGUGGGCGCGGAGACGCUGCUGGCGCAGGGCGCGCUGUGCGGCCUGGCGCGCCUGCGCGCGCUCGCCGCGCACCCCGACACGCUCGCCGCCGCCUCGCGGCCCCGCGACCAGCCGCACUUCGUGCCCUCCGUCGCCGCCAGAUUCCGUCAGAUAAUAGUGCCGGUGCUGGCGCUGUGCGACGCGCUGCUAACGACGCUGGGCACCGACAACCACAGCUGCCUCGUACAAAUUGCGCACCUGCUGCUCAGUCAUCUAGAAUGUAUCGACAUGGUGCUCAGAGCGGCGCACCCGGAUUCACCGGUGGAGCUGCUGACGGAGGUGGAGGCGCUGACGUCGGUGAUCGCCCGCGCGUCCAACCGCGAGGUGCUGAGCGGCGUCCAGGGCGAGGGCGGCGCGGGCAGCGUGGCGGGGCAGCAGCGGCUGCAGGCGCUGAUGCUGGCGCUGCUGGCGCGGUUCGCGCACCCGCCCCUGCCGCCGCACCUGCCGCAGCCGCGCCCCGGCCACGACACGCUCUACUAUAAGAUCGUGUGCAACCUAUUGACGUACGCGCGCAACAUAAUGGACUGCGAGGGUUCACGCGUGGUGGUCCGAGCGACGCUGGCGGGCGGAGGUGGCGGCGAGGGAGCGCCCGCGUCUGCGCCGUGCUGCGGCGACCUGGUGCGGCUGCUGCAGGUGCUGCUACAGCGGCUGCAGCUGCACGACAAGCUGCUCGCCACCGUUCAUCAUCAGCUGCAAAACGUCUCCACCAUGACGCUCGACGAUAUGAGGAAGCUGGUGACGGAGCAGGCGGCGGAGGAGGCUGCGGAGGCGGCGGGGGAGGCGGGGGAGGCGAGGGAGGCGGGCGAGCCGUGGUCGCCGGCCGAGACGCGCGCGCGCUGCGUGCGCCAGCUGGCGCGCAGGCGCCGCGCGCGCCGCGCCGCGCUGCAGCGCUGCCGCUUCGCGCUGGAGGCGGCGCUGCAGCUGCUGUGGGCGCACCUGCACGUGUACCUGCGGCUUACCGCCGCGCCGCAGCCCGUCAGCGCCACCGGUGACUUGUCAGUAAGUGUCAGCAUGGCGUGGCGCGCGGCGGGCGGCGAGGAGCUGCCCGAGCUGCGCAAGGGGCUGGCGGCGGUGUUCAACGACCGCUUCACCGAGCAGCUCAUCGACACCGCCAAGAAUCAGCCGCCGGCGUACCGUGACUUCGUCGAGGUGUUAUUGAAGGACAUCAAGAGCAUGAUCCAGUUCUCGUCGCUCUGAUCGCCUCCGCGUGUUCCCGCAACGAUCAUUGCAUUUGUACUUGUUAUUAAUAAACAUUAGUUAUUUUUGUAAACUUUUAUUUCACUCGAGAAAUAAAUCUGGUUGAUUGAACGAA